AUGAGCUUAACUAAAAUAUAUUUACGUUAUUACCCUCCAGGUUUGGCGCUCAACUGUCGCACCGCCGAUGGCAAGGAAACGCUGCACCACAUAGAUCUACUGAACCUAAAGGCGAACACACGAGUGGAGAGUGUGAUCAAAACCAUUACAAACAAUUUACCAAACUCUCAGGAAGGAGGUCGUAGUAUUUGCAGCACCGUAGCACCAAAUUGUGCAGCUGGCGUCGCUGAUAAACAACAACACAUAUUGGACUCACCACAAGCUGACAAGAAAGACAUAACAACUGAUACACUUUUUCUACAACAAAUUAUCGACAACUAUACGGAUCCGCUGCGGCAGGCAAUUUCGAAAUUGCAACGCAAAUUGUUGGAGCCCACACAGAAGAAAUUCUAUUCGCAACGUCGUGUGACACACCUGUUGCCACUGACCAACAUCUGCUUCGACAGAAGCGGUACGCGCUGCUUGACCGGCAGUUACGACCGCAUUUGUCGCAUUAUCAAUACACACGACACCAUGGAGGAGCAGCUACUAAAGGGGCACGAUAAUGUUGUCUUCUCCGUUGCCUUUAAUCAGCCAAAAUUAUUUCUUACAUGGCCCUUUUCUUCCUAAGUUAAUUAACUUAACCGUUACUUGUAUUUCGACAGCGACAAGGUGGUCACCGGUUCGUUCGAUGGCACGGCGCGUGUUUGGCAAACUUGGAAUGGCCAAUCGUUGUGCACGCUGUACGGUCACACAGCCGAACUGGUGAUGGCUGAAUUCGAUCCCAUACAAUCGCGUGUUAUUGCCACCGCUUCCAUGGAUGGUAGCGCGCGCUUAUUUGACAUCGAGACGGCUUUCGAGCUACAGCAGUUGCGUCAACACGGCGCCGAGGUGAUUGUGAGUCGCUUCAGUCGCUGUGGCAAUAUGUUGCUCACCGCAUCCUUUGACAGCACCGCUGCCAUUUGGGACAUACGUAGUGGCUGCCUAAGCGCACAACUACGCGGUCACACGGCCGAACUAAGUAACUGUGUGUGGAAUUUCUCCUGUGAUCGAAUUGCCACGGCUUCGCUGGACAGCACCGCCCAGCUAUGGGAUGUACGUCGACUGAACGUGCCGUUAUACAAAAUAACGGGGCAUCGCGAGGAGGUGCUAGACGUUUGUUUUGACUCAACCGGUUGUCGUUUGGCCACAUGUAGCAGCGACUGUACGGCACGCGUGUGGGACGUACGUGGCGAUUUAGUGCAGCUCUCCAUUAUGGAGGGUCAUAAAGAUGAGGUGUCAAAGGUUUGCUUUAGUCCACCAGGUUCUCUACUUUUGACGGCUUCUGCCGAUAACACGGCGCGUCUAUGGUUUACGGAGUCCGGUCAGUGUUCACAGGUUUUAAGCGGCCACGAUUCUGAAGUAUUCUCCUGCGCAUUUAGCUAUGCGGGUGAUAUUAUAGUCACGGCUUCGAAAGACAACACUUGUCGCUUGUGGAGAUGA